UUGACUUUAAAGCGUCACUCCGGCAUAAGUUUCCAACCGAGACAGCUGAUGGCGAACUGCUUCGUUCUUCGAUGUUUACACGUUAACAGUAUAAUUUAUCCUUCGCGUUGUAAUUUGUCGACUAGACCUCCGGUUUAAACAAAUCAACUGGUAAAUAAUUAAACGGCGAGCUGCACUAUGGAUUCGGAUCUGGAAGAGUAUCUUAAAGAGUGGGGCGAGUUAUCGAACGAAUGCAAAACACUCGAGACCACGAAUUCGAGUUACUUGGAGUUGCUGGAAAAUCUCGAGACACUCCAGGACCAAUGCAUGAAACAAAUAAAACACCAGCGGUACCGAAUGCAGCAGAUAUCUAAAAAUGUUAAGCUGUAUUCGAAAAACAAACGGCUCACUCCGGAAGAGAAGGACAAAUUGGACGCAUUGAAUAAGAAUAUGCUGAAAAGGAAGGCUCAGCUUUAUGAAAUUGAGCAGGGAUUACCUCAGAAAAACAGUCUCUAUCUGAAGAUAAUUCUGGGAAACGUCAAUGUUUCGAUUCUAAAUCGAAGUGACAAAGUACGAUACAAGGAUGAUUAUGAAAAGUUUAAACUCAUUCUAAACGUUAUUGGGUUACUUAUGUCGUUUCUAAAUAUAUUUGUUAAUUUUAGAGCGUUAGAACUGGCAUUUAUAUUUCUGCUGGUAUGGUACUACUGCACACUUACGAUCAGAGAGUCGAUUUUAAAGGUAAAUGGUUCCAGGAUAAAAGGCUGGUGGAGAUUGCACCAUUUCAUUUCAACUGCUAGUGCAGGCGUUCUACUCGUUUGGCCCCAGGGUGAACCGUGGCAAUUGUUCCGAGCACAGUUCAUGUAUUUCAACGUUUACAUAAGCUUGGUUCAAUAUAUGCAGUUUUACUAUCAGAAAGGAGUACUGUACAGACUUAAAGCACUCGGUGAACGACAUGAUAUGGACAUUACAAUUGAAGGGUUUCAUUCAUGGAUGUGGCGCGGCUUAAGCUUUCUUAUUCCCUUUCUGUUUGCUGGAUAUCUCUUCCAAGCCUAUAACGCAUGGACACUGUAUAAACUGUCAUCCCAUCCAGAUGCAACCUGGCAGAUUUUCGUUCUAAGCAUAUUGUUUCUGGUUCUUUUCGUUGGAAACACCGCCACUACGUUGUUAGUCAUUCCUCAAAAAAUUAAAGGACGCAUAAAAGAACGAUAUCGUUUGAAGAGUUUAUCUUGGGCGUUGAAAGCUCGUAAACAAUUGAAGGGCGAAAAAAGCAUAUCAGAUCAACAAGGAAUGAACGACCAACAUAAUAAAACAGAUUAAAUAUUAUUGUGAAAAAUAAUUGUGGCAACUUUGUGAAGCAAAAUUUAGUUAUUUUAGGUAAUUUUUACUAAUAUUGCUAACAAAAGGUAUAAGUGUAUUAGUGUUUAUGAAUA